CAGUGAGUCGCGGCCUGGCUCGGGCCGGUGCGACUGCAGGGGCGCGUUGAAGCGGGCCGGGCCGGGCGCGGGGCGCGAUGGCGGCGGCGAGCGGCUCGUCAGGGAGCGGGAUGGCGCAGAAGACGUGGGAGUUGGCCAACAACAUGCAGGAGGCGCAAAGCAUCGACGAGAUCUACAAGUACGACCGCAAGCAGCAGCAGGAGAUCCUGGCGGCCAAGCCCUGGACCAAGGACCACCAUUACUUCAAGUACUGCAAGAUCUCGGCGCUGGCCCUGCUGAAGAUGGUGAUGCACGCCCGCUCUGGGGGCAACCUGGAGGUGAUGGGGCUGAUGCUGGGCAAGGUGGACGGAGAGACCAUGAUCAUCAUGGACAGCUUCGCUCUGCCGGUGGAGGGCACCGAGACCCGCGUAAACGCGCAGGCGGCCGCCUACGAGUACAUGGCCGCCUACAUCGAGAACGCCAAGCAGGUUGGUCGUCUAGAAAAUGCAAUUGGCUGGUACCACAGUCACCCUGGCUACGGCUGUUGGCUCUCUGGGAUCGAUGUCAGUACUCAGAUGCUUAAUCAGCAAUUUCAAGAACCCUUUGUAGCAGUGGUGAUUGAUCCAACAAGAACAAUAUCUGCAGGAAAAGUAAAUCUUGGUGCAUUUAGGACAUAUCCUAAGGGGUACAAACCUCCGGAUGAAGGUCCCUCUGAAUACCAAACUAUUCCACUUAAUAAAAUAGAAGACUUUGGUGUUCAUUGUAAACAGUAUUAUGCAUUAGAAGUAUCUUACUUUAAAUCAUCUUUGGAUCGUAAAUUGCUUGAGCUUUUGUGGAACAAGUACUGGGUGAACACUCUCAGCUCUUCUAGUUUGCUUACUAAUGCUGACUACACCACUGGCCAAGUCUUUGAUUUGUCUGAAAAACUAGAGCAGUCAGAAGCUCAGCUUGGACGGGGCAGUUUUAUGCUGGGUUUAGAGACUCACGAUAAGAAAUCAGAGGACAAACUUGCUAAAGCAACAAGAGACAGCUGCAAGACCACCAUAGAAGCUAUACAUGGAUUGAUGUCUCAGGUUAUUAAGGAUAAACUUUUUAAUCAAAUUAAUAUAGCUUGAAGUGCAUCGCUAGCUGAUACGAAUCUCCAAAGCAGAAAAAGUUAUGGUUUCUUUCACUUGGACUUGUUCAACUUGGGAAAAGGAUCUGAAGUGGAAAAUUAUUCAUUUAAAUUGUAGUACUUUAAUAUUUCCCACCUGUCCGACCGGAUUUAAAGAAUAAAACAUUCUGAAAUGUA